AUGGGUCCUGCAAAUUUGGGAAGAGAAGAUGGGGGGAAAACUAGAGGUAUAACAUUUGUAAAGAAGAGACGUGCAGGGAAGAAGCUGGAGGUGUAUAUUCCUCCAAAACUGAUGCGAGCUGUCAGCAACAAUGCCCAACAAUUAAUCACAGAGUUGGGCAUUAUUGUCAAGCAGAUGGCCCCACUUCAAUUUCCCAAAUGGAAGGCCAUCCCAAUUGAUGAUAAGAAGAAGAAGUGGUAUGCUUCGAAGCAAAAGUUCACUCUCAAAGAAGACCCUUGCAUUGAGGAAGCUAUAUACCAGCAGCUAAAUCGGCAAUAUAGGGACCAUCUACACAGACUGCAUAAGAAUUAUUAUUGCAAAUAUGCCACUAAUGAGAUUAGACUUCAAAAUUGUCUGCCAGAUGCGAGCCCGAAUGGCUGA